CGCAUGAAUGCAAGGUAUGAAACAAUUACAACGAAAUGAAUGCACUGAGCUGGUAGUGAAAACUUUCGAAACCAAAGAAAUAAUUCAUUUUAACAGCAACGGAAACAAAAAAUGAGGUGAAACGCAACAUUUGUGAACAAUACGCAACAAGAUAAAUCGUGAAUCACUGCAGGAUAAACGGAACAACAAACGCGUAGACGAGCAGCUACGGAAGUGCAAGCCAACAUGGCCGACUAACACGGAAGAAAAUGACCUUGAGCGUCUCACUCCACCAAUGACCUUGUAAGUUACGGGUAAUUUCAGUCAACAAAAUACUUGAAUAACAGUUAUUGAGACUUUCCCGCGCCUGUCAAAGGCAGCGCUACAUUCUGGCAUGGUAGGGCAUUUAUGUCUUGCUAAUCCUGGUUAGUUGUAUAAUAAUUGAUUAACGUGCUGGCAGUGUCAAGUCUUUUUUGUGUAUACUAGUUUUGGCGAAGUACAAGAAUAGCGUCUCAGGAGUGCGAUGAUGACGCGCUUUGAGGAUCUACGUAGAUUAAAUGUACAUUUACUCUCAUCAAUCACGUAUCUGUUCAUUCGCCGGUUAAUUUUUGCAUUUUACAGUUAAUUUCACUUUUUGACUACAGUUAAAUCAAUUACAAGUCCCUCCGUUCAUCUGUCCGUCCACAAAAGAAUUAAAUGGCACUGCUAGGAUAUAUUGGUUCUCAGAUACACGAACAAUCUUUAAGUUUUUUUGAAAAUACUUUCGGUGGAGAUCUUAUCACCCUGCCGUCUAUAGAACCACCACCUCUAGACAAAAUAAAAUGUAUGCAAUGCAAUGAUCCACUGGAUUUCUUAAUGCAAUUAUACUGUCCAAUUGGUGACUCCGAAUAUCAUAGAAACUUGUACUUCUUUGUCUGUUUAAAACGUUCAUGUCAAGUGAGUGGAAAUAAUUGGAGAGUUUUACGCUCUCAAUGCAUCGCAGAUAUUAGUGAAAAUUCUAAAUCGAAGCCAUGUACAAGUUGGUGUGCAGAAUUCGGUGCUGAGGAUGAUGAUGAGGCUUUUGAUGGAGAAAGUUGGGGUCCAGCGCCGACCAAUAAUACAACAGAGGUUAAAUGUAAAUCAGAAGAAAAAGUGACUGAAGGCGUCUCUUGCAUCAAAGGUCGUUUCCAAUGUCAUCCAGUUGAUAUAUACGAAGACACUACAAAUAUUACAGACAGUAUACUAGAUAAUAAUGAGUGUGACAGCGAACGACAACCACCAUUAGACGAGGAGGACUCAUCAUCACCAUCCGUUAAACAUUUCCUCUCUAAAUAUUCAGAGAAUAUACAAAUCGAUAAAGAAUUCAUUGAAGAAGAUGAUAAUACACUUCCUGGAUCAUUCAGUGAUACCUUGUUGGCAUAUCUAUCCAAUAGAGGCGAGUAUGGUUGUGAAGAUAUACGUUAUUGUUGGUCUGGUCAACCUAUUUUCAAUGGUCUCCCUCCAAGAAAUGAUUUAAUUCAAUGCCUUACAUGUCCACGAUGUAAUGGGGAACGUGUUUUUGAGCUGCAAAUAUUUUCUACAAUCAAUAAUUCUUUAAAAGUGUUACCUUGUAAUGAAGAGUUGCACUCUGGGGAACAUUCCACUGGUAGUGAUGACGGUGAAUUACUGACUUCUAAAUCAUGGUUGUUAAAUAUUAUUACAGUCCUGGUAUUCACAUGCCGUAAUUCUUGUUGGAAAGAGACAGAUGACUGGAUAGAAGAGUGUGUUAUUGUACAGACGGAUGAGAAUGUGACAAAGAUUAAUAAUCCAAUAAAUUGAUAUUGUGCAUAACCGCAUUUUUGAUCCAAUCUCUUCUUAAUGUGGAUGAUAACG